AUGGCUUCUAUUGCAAAUGGAUACAGCAAUGUUGGUGUCGUGAAGCACACAAGGGGCGACGAUGGUGUUGAGAGAUGGGUUCUUGACAGGGUGCACCGCUUGGAAUUGGAUGGAGAGCUUCAAGGAAUCAAUCUUGGCGAGUUUUCUGGUUUAGCAGUAAGGGAUGGAUACUCGUAUUUUUCUGAUAUUGGAACGCUGUAUGAUCCCAGAAACUGGUUCAUGUCCCUGUGCCUGGCGACGAUGAAGGUGGAGAAGCUGUUCGAGAGCGGGUAUGACGGCCAUGGCCAUCCGUAUAUCAUGCCUUGGCCAACUUGCUUGUUAGCUGGUAAUUAUGGGCCGUUCGCAUUUGAAGGUGCUCCGUGA